UGUGCUGAUAUUUGGGCAUAAGCGAUAGAUUGCAGUGCAUAGUGUAGUGCUUUAGUAAAUUUGAUAAUCUACGGAGAAACAGGUUCGAAUAUUGCGCUUCUAGUGUAUUUGCAUAAAAAAGGACAUGCCUACCUUGUGCUUUAUAACUUUUAACGAAAGUCCGGCAGGGGUUUAUUAUGGGGGCCAAGUAUUGUCUGGAAAAGUCAGCCUUACAACUGAGCGAAUAAAAGCAAUAAGAGGCAUAUACAUAACCGUGCGAGGGUACGCAGACGUUCAUUGGACCGAGAAUGCAAACAGAAAUUCAUUACAUGAUAGAUCUGAAGGAUAUCAUGCUCAUGACAACUACUUUGACUCUCGCGUUGACGUACUACGCAGUUCUGAUGGAAAUAGUUUCGACCUGGCCCCAGGCAAAUAUGAGUACAAUUAUCAAAUUACCUUACCGCCUGACCUGCCAUCCUCUUUCAACGGCCAAUACGGAAUGAUACGGUACGAAGUCGUCUGCACUAUUGAUCGGCCUUGGAAGUUCGAUAACGUUUUCAAGCAUCCCUUCACAAUUAUCAGGCCGUUGGAUUUGAACUUAUUGGCAAUAAACCUGCUUCCUGUCGAGCGGCAAGACAGAAAGGAGUUCUCCAGAAUAUGCUGUUGCGGCAAUGGUGGUGAGGUAUCCAUAAAAGGAAGCAUUCCAUGUGGUGGAUUUGUUCCAGGACAAAGUAUACCAGUCUCGAUAUUCAUAAAAAAUCUCUCGAGAGUUACUUCUUACGAAACAAACGCUUGCCUUGUUCAAACCGUUGACUAUCGUAGUUACACACCAUAUCAGCACAGUACAUCAGAAGCGAGGCUAGUGACAAUCAAUUUAUUUGGUCCUUUAGAAAAACGUGGGGAAACGGAUCAUAACUGCAAUUUAUGUAUUCCUGCGAUUCCACCGUCAAGCCUAAAUUCAUGCAAUAUUAUCGAGGUAUCCUACUGCGUUGAAAUUCAGUUUAAAACACGUGGACUACAUACUAAUCUAACUGUGAAGUUGCCAGUAACUAUUGGCACUAUUCCCUACUUCACCGGUUACAAUCAAAGGGAAGAAAGUGGGACGUCAUUUUCUCAAGCAGCGGUUGCAUCAGGAGAUCCGCCAGCCUACGAAGAAGCUAUCAAGUUAGGACCAAAUUACGUCACAAACAGGGAAGAAGAUAAAUACAUACAAAACGUUAAUUUCCUGCCAAGGUAUCCGGUUUAUAGCUUUCAAAGUAGCAAUGGCGUACAACCAAAUGACAGGAUUGACGUGGUAACAUCUCAACCAAAUUAAUCAAAGUAUAAUAGAAGCAUCGAACUAUUUUACUUUUUUGCAUU